AUGCAACUGAGCUACUGGUUGGCAUUGACACACCUGCAAACCAUGGGCAGCAACAAGCGUCGUCGUCAGCAGCGCGUUAAGGCCGUCGGCGCGCAGGUGGAGGAGAGUAUCCGACAGGAUGCGGAGGACAAAAAGCUCAAGCAUGUGGAGGCGGAUCAGCUCUUCCAGGUGGACAGCAAGGGCGGCGACGUGCCUGCUCCUCUGACCAAGAAGCAGAAGCUGGAGAAGCUCCAGAAGGACCCACUGCUAGCCAACACGCGCAAAUUCGACGCGUCCAAGGUCCACAAGGGUGAAGCAUCGACUGUAAAGAAACUGCAGCAGAAACCGCAGCCGGAGCAACAGAAACCCAAGAAAACUAACAAGGUUAAGGACCUCUGGGGUCAGGACGGCAGCGUCAAGGACGAUGAACAGAACAAGCGACUGGACGAGUAUGUGGCGCCCGUGGUGGUCAAGAAGACCAAACGACGUAAACUAUUGGCCUCUACCAAGUACAAGGUUGCCACUGUGGAGGUGGCGGCGGCAGGCCAGUCAUACCACCCGGACUUUGACUCGCACCAGGACGUUAUGGCCGAGGCCGUGGCGAAGGAGCUGGAGAAGCGUGAAAAGAGGGCUCAGCUACAAGAGCCUGUGUCCAAUGGAAUGUCAGAGGAGACACUGCAGUACAUUAAGCAGGACUCGGACGAAGAAUCCAGCGAGUCGGAGGACGAGGACGACACGACCAGGAAGACGCUCAAGCGGCCGGAGAAGGUGACACGUGCACAGCGCAACAAACGCUCGAGACACAAGCAGAUGGAGCUGCAGCAUCAGAUGCGGCGUGGCGAGAAGGCGAUCAUCAAGCAGAUCAAUGCCUCGCAGCAUAUUCUACAGGACAUCGUCAAGAGUGAGAAGGAAGCAGCCAAGAAGCAGGAGCUCAAGAAGCUCCAGCAGGAGCAGAAACUGCAGGAGGAACCGCUUGUCCGCGUGGCCGGAAAGUACACCAAACUGGAGCGCGAGACUCCUGUCUCAUUCUCCGAGGAGCUCACAGGCAACAUGCGGACGCUCAAGCCCAAGGGCAACCCGCUCCUGGACCGCUUCGACAGUCUACACAAGCGCAACCAGAUCGAGAUUGGUCGUCCCAAGAAGACGCGCAAGGCCAAGGUGAAGAUCAUCGAGGCCAAGAAAUAA